CACUGUUGAACUCAACCCAGUGAAGCCGGAGUAGAGUUCUCAGCUGGUUGGUCAUUCCUGGUGAUUUGCUUGACUUCACACCUGCUUUCAAUUAAAACUAAUUACAAGCUCCCCCUGGAUUCUCAGUGGGAGAACACCAUCAGACUUACAUGUAGGUGAAAUAAGUAAUUCUAAAGGCCAAAAUCUCUUGUGACUUGUCUUCCAAAGAGUCAGGGGGUUGUAAAAUCUCUGUUGAUCUUCACUUUGUAUAAUUAAUAUAUAGUGAAUUAAUACAUUAAUUGAAAGACGUGUUGGCGCGUCCUUGCAUCAAGAUGAGCCCAGUUAAUUUGACGGACGAAGACAGCGUCAAUAUGCAGCCUGUUGACAUGGACUUAACGUGUAAUAUUCCCUCUGCCAGCGCUUCAUCCGGGCAGACUGAUCUGCCAGGUGGUGCUGAGCAGCAGACCAUGAGAGUUUACCUCAGAGUCAGGCCCUUCUCUAAAGAGGAACUCUCUAACAAGGAGGAUCAGGGCUGUGUAGUGAUUGAAAACAACCAGAUGGUGACACUGAAAGCACCAAAGGGUUCUGCCACCAUGAAGAGCAGUGAGAAGGGCAUCGGCAUGUCACUCCAUAAAUUCUCCUUCUCACAGAUUUUUGCACCAGAGAUGACACAGUCUGAGCUUUUCGAGGACACCGUCAAAAGCCAAAUGUCUGAUUUCUUGGAUGGGAACAACGCACUGAUAUUCAGCUAUGGUGUAACCAAUGCAGGGAAAACCUACACAAUUCAAGGAUCUCCAAAAGAGCCGGGCAUACUCCCUCGAGUGCUGGAUGCCACCUUUCACUACAUUGGAGGCUGUCGGUAUGAGGGCAUGGACCUGAAGCCCUACCUCAGGAAUGAUGCACAGUAUCUGGAUCCUGACCAAGUCAAGCAGGAGAGAAGCGCUAAAGCUGCCGUUUUUGCUUCAGUCAAAGAUGAGUGUGAUCCUCUCAGAGCCAGUGGUGGUUUAGAGUCCUUGUCUUCUCCCUCCCCCGGUUUCUCUUCCUCGUCUUUGUCCUCCGAUCAAACCGCGUCGGCAGGCGACCCAACAGAAGCAGGAAGCAGCCAGUUUGCCUUAUGGGUGGCAUUCUUUGAAAUCUACAAUGAGUGUGUGUACGAUUUGCUUCAACCUUCCCUGUGCACCAGGUCCAAGAAACGUGCCGCUCUCCGAGUGUGUGACGAUGGUGCUGGAAAUGCUUAUGUUAAAGAUCUCAGGUGGAUUAACAUCCAGACCCUGGGCGAAGCCUCCAAACUGCUACAGUUUGGAAACAAAAACAGAAGUGCUGCAGCCACAAAGAUGAACCAGUCUUCGAGCAGAAGCCAUAGCAUAUUUACCAUGAAGUUACUGAAGAUUGAUGGCAGUACAGUUAGAAGAAUCUCAGAGUUUUCUUUGUGUGACCUGGCCGGCUCAGAACGAUGCAACAAAACCAAGACAAUCGGUGAGAGGCUGAAGGAGGCGGGGAACAUUAACAACUCCCUUCUAAUCCUGGGGAAGUGCAUUACUGCCCUUCGCAACAAUCAGACUGAAAGAAUGAAGAGCAGCUACAUUCCUUUCAGAGAGAGUAAGCUCACCAAGCUCUUCCAGGCAGUUUUCUGCGGGAAAGGAAGAGCGUCAAUGAUUGUCAACAUCAACCAGUGUGCUUCCACCUACGAUGAGACUCUCCAUGUUAUGAAAUUCUCUGCAGUAGCCAAACAGGUGGUGCAGGUGAUCCCAGACAAGCCACUGGAGUCUCUGGCUCCUUGUUUGGUCGGCCGUGAUGGCAAGCCUCUGGUGAGGAAUGGAGUGAUCGACAGCCAGGCCCUGGAGAGCUACCUGUCUGAGGAUGAGCUGCUUGAUGAGGAAGACGAAGCGAACAUGUCUUUGCUGCCACAGAAUGACCUUGUGAAUAUGAUUGAGAGCCUGCGAACAAAACUCCUGGCUGAGCGAAGAAAAAACCUUAUUCAGGAAAUGGAGAUUCGCCAGGAAAUGGGAGAUGCCAUGUUACAACAGCUCAUGGAGAGCGAAGAACAGCGCAUUCGACAGAUAGAAGAGCAGAAGGAGAGCUACCAAGAAAAGCUGGAGAACACUUUUGAGAUGUACAAGGAUGCUGUCAAAGAGCAUGCCUACCAGUGUGCAAUGAACAAUCUGGAGGAUGACUAUGUACCGCUUGACGAGUUCAUUGCUGAACAGGAGAAAGUGGAGGCCCUGAAACGUAAAUUGUCAGAGUUGGGGACCUUAAAGUCCGGUAUUGGACAGGGAUUGUUUGCAGUUGCAAAAGUGGACCAGUCGUGCCAGACUCAACCAUCUAAAGCAACAGAAGCAGCAGGGGACGAACGCUGCAAACGGCUGUACAGAGAAAAAUGUGCCAUAGAGAAUAUGUGUGAGGAUAAACAACAGUUGAUUUUGUCCCUAGAAAAAAGGCUGAUGGCGCUCAGUGAAACACUUCAGAAGGUCAGAGAUGGCUUCCUGGAGAAAUCGGCUGAUGUGGAGGUUUUAGAGAGGAAGUGUGACAAUCAGACAAAAUCUAUGGAGGUCAUUUUACGGCAGAAUGGUGAAAAGGACCGGGAGAUUGCCUCACUGAAGGCAGAACUUGCCAAGCUCUCCCAGAAGUCUCCUGUACAGCCCAAAACCAAGCGAGGACUACUUGCCAACAUCAAGGAAGCAGUGACUUCUCCACGGAAGGGUUCACCUGGGCGAACGCUCAGGAAAACGGUUAAGACUGCAAACCACUGAGACGAUCAGCAUCUGGACAAAAGGAGAGAGAUUCAUUUUGGUUCUUUAACUUUAACAUGGACAGUUUUACCUGUAAAUGAAACCCCAAGUGUGACUUAUUAUUUAUUUUAUUCAGGUAUAGUGUGUU